AUGGAGACAGAUUGGAGAGAAAUAUUGAAUUUCUCACAAAAGGACUUAAAGCAAGCUGAAAAAGAAAAACUAUGUGAAAGCUUAUGUUGGAUGGACACUGAUGAUAUUGAACUAAACUUUUCUGACUUGAAAACUCUAUUUAAACUUGCUCAAGAUAUUUUAAAGUAUAAAACAGAACAAGUGAAUAGUUUAUUGGGGAAAGUAAAAAGAAAAAUUAAAACUAAAGAUAGAAGUACUAUAACAGAUUCUUCCGCUAUAAGUUCCGAGAGCGUAAUAGAGGCAAUAACGUACCAGGAGGAAGUAAUUAAAGCAAACAAAGAUAUAUUAGAACAAUUGUAUGCCGACAUUGCUGAAUUAGAAGGCCGGAAGAACAAAUAUGAAAAAAUUAACUUUGAAGAUCAUAGUAGCGAAUCAAGCCGAAAUACAUUAUCGGAAAUGAAUGCUUUAGCGCAAUUAGAAAAUGAAAUUUCUAAGAAAAAUCGACAUAUAAGGAAACUUUUACAGGAUGUUAAAAUUCUGGAAGAGGAAAACACUACUUUGAGAGAAAAAUUAACAAUUUUUAAAGAAAAAUUAAAGGAAUCUACAUUUUUAAUAGAAAAUAUAACUGAACAAUUAUUUACUCUUAAUAAAGAAAACUCCAAUUUAAAAGAGGCUCUUGGCAGUAUUGAGCAAGAAAAAGUAAACUUAUUGAUGGAAAUUGAUAAUUUAAAAGCAGAUUUACAUAGCAAAGAUGUUGAGUAUGAAAAAGUAGGGGAAGAUGUAAAACUGAAAUUGCAACACUUAAAGCACUCACUUAAAUCUCAUAAGAUUGAAAUAGAACGCUUAUCACAAGAGAACUCAGAGUUAAGAGAAAGCCUCACUCACACGCCUAAAUCAGUUUCAUCGCCAAAACAAAAAACAACUCGAGAAGAAUUAAAAAUAAAAGAACUACAAGAGAAAUUGACUGAAGCAUCAGAACAAAUGAUACAGUCCGCAAAUUUAAUACAAGUAUUAAAAAGUGAAAAUAGACAGCUUAAAACGGUUAUUGAGGAAAUGCCUGACUCGAUGUCGGAACAAAAGAAUGUAAGUGAUGACGGAAAAGAAAAACAAAUGAUAGUGAAACUUAGAAAUAAAGUCCAAGAUUUAAAUGACGCGCUUCAACGUUCAGAACAAAUGUUAACUAGAAGAGAAGAAGAGCUUGCAGAAAUUGCUGGACAAUUACAACUAUUAAGAUCGGAUGAAGGUAUAAACGCAUUAAUAGAAGGCAUAAAAAAUAAAAAAAGAGAUUUGAGACUCAAAGAUGAAAGUAUUAAAAGUCUAGUGCAAGAAGUAAAUCAACUAAGUGAACUUGUCAGCAACUUACAGAUGGAGAAUGAAACUAUGAGAGAAAAACUUCAAAUACCCAUUGAUGAAAAAAUAGAAACAGGCGGUAUUAUAAAAAAAAUUAAGGAUUUAGAAAAUGUAACAAUAGAAUUUUCUAAGAAAAUACACGAAUAUGAAAAUAAACUGAUUACAGUUGAAAUGGACAAUCGUGAAAAAAACGAAACGAUUUCAAAAUUAAAAGCAAUAAUGAAAAAAGCAAAUAUUGACCAACACAGUUUUAAAGCUAUUGAAAUGAAGGAUGAAGUUGAUCAAAAUAUCAUUGGAACUAACAAAAUCUAUAGCACUGAAAAUAUUCAAGUAAUUAUAGAAGAAAAUGAAGGCCUUAGGAAUGGUCUUACUGAGAUAUUAAACUUUUUGAAAGAUAAUAGUACUACAAGUUCUGGUGUACUUUCUUUGGAGUGCCCAAGUUUGGAAGCAUUAUUAAAUUCAAUGGAGGCACGUAAAUCUGCAGGGUGGUUUUCACCACAUAUGAAAACAGUUAUGGAAUUAAAAGCUGCCCAAGGCGGUAAAGAUGCUUUAUUGCAUGCGUUACAUGAAUCUAGAAAGGAAACGUAUCAAAUAUUGGAAAAAUUAACAAAACAAGAGCAAAAAGCAAUAGAACUGGAAAAAACUUUACAAGAACUAAAAACAAUGACAACAACAAAAAUACCUACAGAAGAUAAAAUUUCAAGCACCGCCGAUAUAAGUACUGGUGAAUUUGGAUCUUGGAUGUUAAACGUAGAUGAAAAGAUCGACAUAAAAGAUCAAAAUGAUAUACAAAAUAUAAUCAUGAAAGGAAAUAUUUUAUUUGAAAGUCAAUUUAAACAAGCUUUACAAUACUUUGAAAAUAAAUUUACAAAUCUUUAUGAUAAAUUUACUUCCCUAGCAAUAGCUACUUCGGAUGAAUUGAAUAGUUAUUCCAUUAAAGAAGAACGUUAUAAAGUAGAAAUAGAAAAUCUUAAAUGUCAAAUAGAAGAUGAUGAUGACGAUAUUAGUAAUCAAUCACCUGGCUUAGUAAAUGUAUCUAAAUCAGUCUUUUCUGAUCGUAAAUAUGCAUAUUUAGAAGAAUCCUAUAAACAAAUUAGAACAAUGAACGAAAAUAUUAAAAAUGAAUUAUUACAAAUUAAAAAGGAAAAAAUGAUAGAAAUGUCGACAUACGAAAGAAAAAUACAAAAUUUAAUAAUAUCUAUUGUGACGCUCACAGAUAAAUUACGUAACUCAAUUCCUGUGGAAUUGUUUUUACAACAAAAUGAAACUUUGAAUGAAAUUACUGUAAAAUAUAGAAAUAUGAUAGAAGCAAAAUAUGCAAAUAAGUAUAUUAAGUCAGAGGAAUUAUGUAAGCGUUUAGAAGAAGAUAAAUUGGAUUUACUACGACGUUUUCAUUGUGAUAUGCAAAAUAUUUCAAAAAAGGAAACUUUAACUACAAAUAAGAUUCUAAAUGAUAUUGAACAGUCAGUUCUUCAGCAACAGUUAAAGCAAAUAUGUUUUGAAGUUCAAAAUAAAAAUAAUGAAAUAGAGAAAUUGCAAAUGAAAAUUAUGGAUUUACAAGUUACUCAGGCAGAUCUCAUAAAUAAGUCAGUUCAUGCAGAGUCCAAUGAGGAUGUUAUUUUUUUGAAAGAGCAAGUACAAAAGUUGGGUGAAGACAAUAUGAUAAUAAAAGAACAAUAUCAAGAUGCGCAAAAUCAGCUGGAUGUUGUUACUUUACAGUUACAAUCGCACCAGCAAAAAGAAUUCAAUAACGAAAUAGAAAUAAAUAUGUUAAGACAUCAAAUACUCGACUUGCAAUCAAUGGGUGAUAAUAAAGCAAUUAUAGCAAGACUGAGCGGUGAAGUUCUUCUUUCACAAAUGCAAACUUCAGAAACCCAAGAAAGACUGGAAGCUCUUAAGAUUACAUUAAAUAAAGAAAAGCAAUUAAGAGCUGAGACGGAAGAAAUAUUGAUGAACCGGCAAAAUAUAUUCGACAUGUAUACUCUCAAAUAUGAGAAAAAGAUUAGGAACCUAACGGAAACAAUAGAUAUAUUGAGACAUCAAUAUCAAGGAAGCCUGCCACUAAUUUCAAUUGAGACUUUUGUAGAUAAAGUAGAAGAUAUUUACAGAAAAUCUUAUGAUAUUGACGUAAAACUUAAUGAAAUAGAAGACUUGCGCUCAGAUCUAAUGACGAAACAUACUAUUUAUAAACAAAUAUUAGAUAUCUCCUCCACAAAGUGCUUAGAAGAAGACGAUACUUGUCCUCACAAAUUAAAAAACAUUAUAACUGAGGAAACUCAAAAACUUCAAAUGGACUAUUAUAAUAAAAAACUGCUAUCUUUUGACCAAAGUCAUAAAAAGCUAUUAGACCGUUGUAGUUUCCUAGAAAAAACAUUACUACUGGUAAAUCAAGGAUUUAAAAUAAAUAGUUCACCAAUAAAUGGAUACCGACAAAAAAUGCACGAAAACAACGAUAUAAAAAUAGAAGAUAUUAAUUCAGAUGAUGACUCGAGCAGUGAAGGGAACCGUACGAUUACAUUAUCUCAUCCUAAAACAGAUGUAAAACUGUUAAAGAAAAACAUUGGAUCUAAUAAUCACGAUAAUGGUGAUCAAGAACAAUAUAUAACAGAAACAAAAAAAGUUACAAAUCGUCACACACAAACUAUAAAUAUUGUAAUUAAUAGCGACUUUAAAUUCACACAAACUGAUAUUGAUUUAAAUGUUAAGGAACUAGAGUCUCAAAAUGAUAAACUUUUGUGUGAUAUAAAACAAAAAGAAAAAAUAAUUGAAGAAUUAUCUGCAACUUUCAAACAAUAUAAACAGAACUUUGAACAAUUAAGUGAAGAAAAACAUGAUCUCAAUACAACAAUACGAAGCUUAAAACAUUCUAAUUCGUGUAAAGAAGAAUCACUUAAGAAAUUAGGGUCCAUAAAUGAUGUAUUAAAAGAAGAGAUACAUGGAUUAAAGUUAAAACAACAAGCCGAAAUUAAUAGAUUAAAUGAUACAGUGAGUUCAGAAAAUCAGUCUCUCUUAGUUGAACUGAAAAAAAUAGAAAGUGACAAGAACGAAAUUAUAGUAAAAUAUAAACAAUUAUUAAAUAAAGAACGGAACGAUUACUCUAAAUCCUUAAAGGACUUGCAAAUGAAACUGAAAGAUUUGCAAAGUAAAUUAGAUCAGAAGGAAUCUGAAGUGACUAACACAAGUGAUGAUGUAAAAGAAACAACCAAUAAAUACACAUUAAAAAUUUGUGAAUUAGAAGACAAGUGUUUUAAAUUGAGUAGUGAAUUAAGUUCGUAUGAGGCAGAAUUUAAAAGUCAACAAAGUGAAAUGGAACGCUGGAAAAAUUUGGCUUCAGAAAGGCUGAUUAAGAUGGAACAACUAAGUGCUCAAAUUAAGGAAAGGCAUAAUCAUGAGAUGGAAUCCUACAAAGCAGAAAACCAACAUUGGAUAUCACAACUGAAUGAAACUCAACGUGAACAUAUGGAGCUGCGAGCCCGUCUCACCGAACAGAAGACCUUACAUUUGAAGCAGUUGGCAGAAAAGGACGGUCAUAUUGAACAACUACGGUCUGUUAUCAACAAUCUGAAGUCCCAAAUCUUAAACAUGCAAACAAUGCUCACUAUAAAUGAUCCAAGUUUUGAUCUCUCCGCUAUUGUCGAAGUGGAGGAAGUGAGUGACCAACAAUCUGAUAGAUUGGAAUUAAAGUGUGAAUCCUCAGUAGACUUCAAUGAGAGCCACGACGAUUUGAUGCGAAUGCCUUGCAGUUCUACUGCUAUUUGGCAAGAGCCAGCGGUAGACAGACUUCGUAGGGAGAAGCAAUUGAUGAGUAAACAGAAUGCGAUGCUGCGACGACAGAUUAAAGCUCUUGCCGCGAGAGAGAGACGCUCGAGGCUUGAUGCACAAAACUUGAAGAAUCAAGUAUUUCGCAUAAGUACAAGUGGCAACAAAGUGCCGUCAGCGGAGUCGGCGGCUUUACAGAGCAAGGUGGCGACGCUCCAGGCGCAGCUUGCGGGCGCUCGCCGCGACGCUACCUCGUCACUUGCGCUUUGGGAUAAGUGUAAGAGGGCACAGCAAGCUUCUGAGCGAUGGCAAGUACGCUAUGAGGAAAAAUGCCAGGACGUCAAUAAGUUAGAAGCGAGUCUCAAUCUCGCCAAGUCAGCCAUAUCCAGACUUGAAAAGGAAAAACGAAUUCUUAUAUCACGACUUAAUGACGAAAAACAAGAGAAGAAACUAGCUGUAGAAAAGCACGACGUAGAAGAAUCAGAGAAGGAGAUAGACGGAGACGUACACAGUGCCCGCACUGAUGUGGCGGUGUCAGAGCGCGCUCUAUACGCCCGCGUCGAGGCACAGCAGCGUAGGAUUGUCGCGUUAGAGCUCGCUGAACGGGGUAAUGAAACUUUGGUAACUGAAUAUGAGAAGUCUCUCGCAGAAAUUACAGCGCUCAAAGGACAAGUACUUAAACUAGAGUCAACCUUGCUUGAAGCUCAAAUUAAAUCACCACUAAAGAACUCUGAUGUGUCGCCAGAACUGGAAUAUUGGAAGAACUACUGUGACAUGCUAAAAGAGGAGAACAUGCAGCUGUCAGUGCGAGUGAGUGCGAUAGAGAGUAGUGCAGACGCAGGGGCGGGGGCGGGCGCGGAGCCGCAUCGCGUCGCGCGACUGCAACAUACCGUGCUCACGCUCAGAGCUUUAGUUAGCAAGCUUCAAGCUGAACAGAAAACUUUGAAUGCACAGAAACGCGCCGAUUCAAGACCCAGUAGCGCUAAAAGCGGAAAUGACAAAAUACGAAACCACGAAGAAUCACGAAGUAUUAAAAUUUUCAAUCUCAAAAAAAGUAUUUCCGAAAAAGAUGAGCUUCUGCAAAAAUCUAAGGAAAUGUUGAACAUGGCGAUGGAGAAAAACGAGCGACUUGCCAGAGAGAAUAUGUUUCUACGUCGACGUUUAGAAGAACUUACGGAU